AUUAUAUAUUAUAUAGAAAAUUGUCAAAAAAUGAAAAAAAUCUAAAAAAAUCCUAUAUAUUAAUAAUAUUGCCAAGAUUAUUUAAAUUAUUUGAAUGAAUAGGAUUAGAAAUCAGAAUAAGAAAAAAAAAAGUCCCCCAUUUCCAUAAACUCAUUUUAUUUACUCAGUAUAAUUGGAAAAGGAUCAUAUGCCAAAGUAUCUUUAGUCCGAAAAAAAGAUGACAAUUAAAUAUAUGCUUUAAAAGCUAUAAAAAAAUCUCUUAUUGAAGCAAAAAAUUAAAGGGAACAUGUAAUAGCUGAAAGAAAUAUACUCUAAUAAGUUGAUAAUUAAUAUAUAAUAAAAAUGAAAUACGCAUUUUAAGAUAAAAAAAAGCUUUUUUUUGCUCUUGAAUUUUGUCCUGGAGGAGAACUAUAUACUUUGCUAUCCACAAAAAAACAUUUAAAUGAGCAAUAGUAAAAUCUAUAAAAUAUAAUAUAUAAAAAAAUAUAAAAAAGAACUAAAUUCUACGCUGCUCAAAUGGUAAAAGCCCUUUAAUAUUUACAUAGUAGAAAUAUUAUAUAUAGAGAUUUGAAACCUGAAAAUAUACUCAUAGAUAAAGAUGGUUAUAUAAAGUUAACGGAUUUUGGAUUAUCUAAAAUGAAUGUUACGGACUAGCAAACUGCUACUUCCUUAUGUGGAACUCCUGAAUAUUUAGCACCAGAAAUAUUAAAUAGAUAAGGACAUGGCAAACCUGCAGAUUGGUGGACUUUAGGAAAUAUCAUCUAUGAAAUGAUAACAAGUUUACCUCCUUUUUAUCAUUCAAAUAGGAAUAUUUUAUUUAAAAAUAUAAGAGAAAUGUAACCUUAACCCCAUGAAAGAAUUCAAGGUAAUUUAAAAAACCUUUUGACUGGUUUACUUGAAAAAAAUUCUAAUAAAAGACUUGGUACUAUUGAUGGAGCUAAAUAAAUUAUCGAUCAUCCAUGGUUUGCUGAUUUAAGAUGGGAUUUGUUAGAAAAAAGAUAAAUUGUACCUCCUUUUAUUCCCAAGUUAGAUAGUGAAAUAGAUAUUAGAUAUAUUGACUCAGAGUUUAAAGAUUUACCUUUAUAUUCACCUACUGAAGAAAAUGCAUAUUCUGUAGAAUAAUAUACAAGUAUUUUUUUAAUAUAAAUGUUUAUUUAUUGAAUUUUAUAUAUUUAGAAUUUACUGUUGAUUCGCCUAAAUAAAAUAUAAUUAAUAGUAUGAAUAGUGAAAAAAUAUAUGAUUCUAGUCAUAAUGAAACUAACAAAAUAGAAAAUUCUGAGUUUUUGUAUAUUAUGGA